UCACAGAGCUGUUUCGCGGGAACAGUUCGGAAAAAAAGCUCCGACGUCUGCGAGUAGAAACAUAUUUAAUACACGAUUUUAGACGUCAGAAACGCGAAACCAACCUCCUUUCACAUAAGGACUGGACAUGUUCUCCGAGCUGAGCGCCCAGAAGGAGGGCUCCUCUCUGCUCCGGGGGCCGGACUCGGAGGACGCAGGGCCGGUGUUUGAGAGGGCGUCCCCGGCCUACAGCCCCCGGACCGAGCGGUACGGGCUGGGGGACCGGAGCUUCAGCCGGCAGUACGCUCACAUCUACGCGGCCAGACUGAUGCACAUGAGGCCGCUGCUGGCGGACAGAGCCCGGAACAAGUGGGGAUCAAAUGCACCAGUCAAGAAGCUGUGUGACCUGGAGACAGGGGAGCAGUGUUGCAUUGUGGGGACUCUGUUCAAGCGUAUGGAAUUGCAACCAUCGAUCCUGAAAGAAAUUAGUGAAGAGCACAAUCUCCUGCCUCAGCCUGCACGAACUAAAUUCAUCAGUGAGACAGAUGAGCUGAUUUUAGAGGAUGAACUCCAGAGGAUCAAACUGGAGGGAAAAAUCGAUAAGGACAAGUGUGUUACUGGCAGUGUUAUUGCAAUAUAUGGAGCUGAGAAGAAUGAUGGCAAGUUCACGGUUGAGGACUUUUGCACAGCUGAUCUCCCUUUACAGACAUCAAGACCUGCACUCAGCUCUGACAGAUUUGUGCUCCUAACGUCAGGGCUUGGUCUCGGGAGUCAUAACGCUGACAGCAUGCUGGGACUGCAGUUACUGGUUGACAUGGUAACCGGUCAGCUUGGUGGUUUGGGUGAACAGAGUGGAGCAGCAACAAUUUCAAGGGUUCUGCUGGCUGGAAACCUCCUGAGCCAGAACACCCAGGACAAGGACGCAUCAACGAAGGCCAAGUAUCUCACAAAGAAGACUCAAGCUGGCAGUGUGGAGGCCAUUCGUUUGCUUGAUGAGCUGCUGCUUCAGCUGGUGGCUUCAGUUCCAGUAGACGUAAUGCCAGGGCAGUAUGACCCCACCAACUACACCCUCCCACAACAGCCUCUCCACAGAUGCAUGUUCCCCCUGUCCUCUGUAUACCCAACACUCCAGCUGGCCUCUAAUCCAUAUGAGGCUAACAUUGAUGGAGUCCGGUUUUUGGGGACGUCAGGGCAAAAUGUCUGUGACAUUCAGAGGUACAGCAGCAUGGACAGUCACCUGGAAAUAUUGGAGGAAACGCUUCGACUCCGACACCUGGCCCCCACAGCACCCGACACACUAGGUUGCUUCCCAUUUUAUCAAAAAGAUCCUUUCAUCUUGGACGAAUGUCCCCAUGUUUACUUCAGCGGCAAUGCCCCUGCUUUUCAGUCCAAGCUCAUUAAAGGUUCUGAUGGUCAGGAGGUCCUUUUGGUCACAAUACCAGACUUCAGCAGCACUCAAACGGCGUGCCUGGUCAAUUUACGCACUCUUCAAUGCGAGCCAAUCAGCUUCACGGCCUUCUCUACUGACGAAGACGAGGAGAGCGAGAUGAAUGUCAGUCACUAACAUCUAGACUGUUUUCAAUAACCACAGGUUGAUCAAGUUAUUGUCCAGAAAUGCAAUUUUACCAACACUGAUUCCCACCAGUAUAAUAAAAACCAAACAAGGUUAAAACAGAUUUUUUAUCAAUCCUACUCAUGUUUCUUUUAAGAUAACUUGUAAGUGUAAAAAUACUGAUGCCCAAGUAGUAGAAAUCAGGUACAAAAGAAAAUAAAACUGACUCUUGUAUUAAUAGACUUUAUUUGUGCCGCUUCUGUGCCCGAGGAAACAUUUUCUCCUCUGACUCUGUUACCAAACAUGACCUGCUUUUUAUACACGUAGCCACUGAUUGUACUGUAAAAAUAUUUCUGCCACAGAUGAAGACAGUGUAAAUAAUUCAACUACCGGUAUGUUUUUAAAAAAAAAAUGUAUGUUCACAAUAAACAUGUUUUCAUGAAACCAUUGGUAUUGACAAAAACAAAAGACUAAGUGACA